AGUGCAGUGCGUACGCGGUGUGUGUUUGUGUUGCUACACUAUUUGACAGCUCGACUGUUCUGUUCCUGCGCAUUACCAUUACAGACCAUCCGACACCGACGGUGGGAGGGGGCACGUUUUCUCUUGAGUUGACAGCGCAGGAUAUCAUAAAUGUGCGGCUUUACGUAGCGCGCUAAAGACUCACGAAACGGAGGCCAUGUACCGAUCAACUCGGGUUUGAUCGUAGGAGAUGCUCGGACCUGAAGACUGGUGCUGAAAUUACGAAGACAUGAUGUAGCCAUUGAGCUGGUGAUCUGUAGCUAGUCAGCGUCCAAAGACGGUGUUUCUCAUCCGAUCGAGUUCCAACUUUCGUGAGUCAAGAUUUUCAACCCCUUAUAAACAUGAGACUUAAGUGAACAGUGAUAAAGGAGAUGACGACUUUCCAGGACGUGAGCUGGCUGGUUCAGGUGGCGCUCUUCUGCGCCUCCCUGCUGGUCGUACUAGCCUGGCUCCUUCAGUUCUCACUGGCGUUGCUUCGCCCCAGGUGGUGCACAAGGGUCCAGGGCAAGAGGGAGACCCCGUGGCAGCUGCCAUUGAGUCUCACCCACCAGACACUGACGGGCGGCGUGUGGGGUUCCCUCCUGAGGCUGAGGCCGGGCCGAGACGGGGCAGGGAGUGACACUGAGGCGGGCGUCAAAGGUCUUUUGUCCUCGCUUUUUGCGUUCAAGUCAUUCAGAGAGCACUGGCAGAGAGCCUGGGUCCGGGCGCUCAACGAACAGGCCUGCAGGCAAGGGAGCUCCAUUCAAAUCACCUUUGAUGACAGUCUUCAGCUCCCAACUUCUGCAUCCAUUGACCGUGUGACUUGCACUGACCAGUCAGUACGCAGCAUGGUCCUGCAGUGCAAUUGUUCAGUUGGCACUGUAACAUUCCCCGUGACUGUCACUCAGCAGUCACCUGCCGCGGUUUCCAUGGAUACCUACCAGAUCACGAUGAAGCCCAUGCAGGCCCAGUUGCAGGUCUGUCUUGAGGAAGUGGAGGAAGAGGGUCUCCUUGUGUCCUGGACUUUUUCUAAGCAACCUCAUCUCUCUUUAGCCGUAACACCAUGCCAAAGAGUCCACAAAGAGGGCUCUGAUGUGGAGAUGGACAGUGAAAUGAUUGCGGCGUUGGUGGAGGACACACUCUACACAACACACCCUGCCAUGAUCCUUAACCUGAGAGCCUGUGUAUCGAGCCCUGCGUUUCCCAGGGAGAAGCAGCUCGGCGGUCUGAACUCUCCAUCUCAGAGCACACCUAUCAGACGCAUUUUGGUGCACCAACUCAAAGCAACCAAUGUCAAAAAAGGAUGUCAGACUCAUGUAGGAGAACUUUGCUGUGUGCUGAGUCUGGACACUCCUUCCAUUGAACGAAGAACCGGCUUCCGUACUCCUUCACCCAGUCCUGGAGCAGCCCUGCACUGGACUGACGACUUCAAACUGGAAGUAGGACCAGAAACCAAAGAACUCAAAGUAAGACUUGUGGAGAAGAACAGCAAAGGAGAACAGUUUCUGCCUGGUUGUGCUUCUCUACAACUGGAUCUGUCUAAAAGAAUUCCUAAUGGACAUCAUAAACUGUCCAUCGCACCGGGUCACGGCCUGGCUCCAACUGCAAUUGUAACAUUAGAACUGUUGUAUUUGGAGUCCAGUGAUUUGCGUGCAUGUCAGAAUGCCACUCCUCUGCGAUCUUCAGUCACCCCCUCAAAGAAGGUCGAUGUGGAUAGGACCAUCAUGCCCGAUGGCACCAUAGUCACCACAGUAACUACCAUCCAGUCACGACUAAAACUGGACCGCAAACUAGGAGAGUCUCCGUCUAGGUCUCCCUCAAAGGUGGAGGUGACUGAAAAGACUCCCACUGUGCUCACAAACAGCUUGCAGAGCAGCAGUGCCAGUCCCACUCCCAGCAAAGGCACCCUCCCUAAUGGGCUGGAUCCUGUAGCAGAGACGGCCAUUCGGCAGCUAACCGAGUCGGCCAGUAAGGUACCCAAGAAGACGCCUACUAAACGCAGCACUCUCAUCAUAUCCGGGGUGUCAAAGGUCCCCAUUACUGAAGAUGACUCAGCCUUAUCAGUGGGCUACGCUGCAUCAAUGGACGCAGCCCUGCAGGGGGCGCAUUCUCCCAGCGGAGCCCCGAACCACCACGGAGCAUCCGCGCAUCAGGAAGCAGACGAGACGACGCCGUCCGACGUGUCCGAGAGACCAUCGGUGGAUGACGUGGAGUCAGAAACGGGAUCGACCGGAGCACUGGAAACGCGUAGCCUCAAAGACCACAAAGUGGGAUUCCUCCGCAGUGGCACCAAGCUACUGUUCCGCAGGAAACACAGAGAGAAAGACCCCAGUUUCAGUCAGUCCCACGAGGACGUCUCCAACCUGGGCAAUGACUCCUCCACAGCCUCCUGCUCCUCCACCAGCCGGAAAAAGUCUGGAAGCUUCUCCCGUCGCCUCAUCAAACGCUUUUCAUUUCGCUCGUCCAAGACAAAGGGCAAAUCCAGCACGGCCAAUGGAGGGUCCAGCACUACAGAUAACUAAAGGACAAACAGAGAGAGGAUGGACGAGUGAGAGAGACGCGGUGCGGGCACCAGUCAAACGGGCGGGGAAUCGGCUCCAAAUAUCUCCAGAACUUGUUAUGUGCGUCAUAUACCGAUUGUCCCCAACUUUUUAGGGAUAACGUAAUACUAAAGACCACAGGAAGCCAGCCUGUUUUGGUAUUUGUUUCUUUUCUUUUUCUUUUUUUUGGACUGAAACAUCAUCAUUCAUCUACAGUUAAGCUAUUCAGGAUGGAAAACGCCAAAAUAAAUGUGGAAAAUCAAAGGCUUUGACUAUUUACGAAUGCAGCGCUUGCCUAAUUAAUAUGAUCAAGCGGAUAAACGGCUGCUCUUGAGGACGAUAAUGAUCAAAACCAACUUGAGAAACUCAAAAUGGACGGGUGUCACGCGGUUAUUGAGCACAAGGGGGCGACACAGACCAAUGACUAUUAUUGCCUCCAGCACUGUCGCUAUGUGUCGUUUUUCUUAUUUAUUUUAUUUCAUAAGUUGCACUUUGGAUCUUAAUCUGAUUGUUUACAAUGCUGGGGAGCUCUUUUUUUCUGUCGUUUUUUUUAUCAUGUUUGUGUAUCGUUUACUGUUAUCAGCACUGAUCUUUUUUUUUCCUCCUGAGCUCAUUAGGAGUAUUUUCCAGAGUGAUAUGCUAAGACAUGCUGUGAGCUUUGUUCUCGUUUUGCUGUUGCUAUAGCAUUUAGAUCAAGGGAUGUUAUGCCCUGUUUUCAAAUAGUGGUACACGUUUGACUUUAAUUGUGGCUUAAUAAUCUUUUAUAACGAUGUUUCUAUUUGUUUAAGAAAACGGAAACGUUCGUAGGCAUAUCUCACUAAAUCGCGUUCGUGUUUUUUGGUUGUAAAGUACAGGCCCUUCGUAAGACAAAAGGGAUACACUACAGGAAAAACAUGCAUUUGUGUAUAUUUAUAAAUUAUUCCACAAAUUAUUGUAAAUCUGCAAGCUCUUGAGCUACAUCAGUCUGGCUCUGCAUCGGAGAAAAGUGCUAUUUUCAGGGUCCACGUGAAAACAAACCUCAGGGGAUAACGUUGCUAUGAAAAGGUAAAAAUAUGCUUAAUCACUUUAUCUAUUUUUUUUCUUCUUCCAGAGAUGGCUUAUUGAACAAAACAGGCGUUACCCCCAGAAUCACACAACCCCGUUUCCUCUAUUUUUAUUCAUUUAUUUGCAAUAAAGUUAUUGAGAGGAACGGGCGUCCGCUCGUGCUUUACUUAAUCACAAGUAGAUUUUAUUCCAUAGAUGGCUUUUACGAUAGUAUUGAGCAGAACGUUUUAAUAUUUUUCUGAUAAACGAGUAAUUCGCGUAAAAAAGGUGUAACUCUCACUCGGCAUCAUUCUGUUGUUCAUCUGCGUAAAAUCUCUUUUUGUAUCGAGGUUUGAACCAACUUCAGAGUGGGUAAAUGAACACAAAUCUCAUUUUAGAAGUACUGUCCCUUUAAGGAAUCCUCGCCGUUUCCCUCCCCACAUCCUGUAUGAUCGGUGCAUAUUUUAGCAUUUGGUCCUAUCAAAUAUUUGAAAUAAUCAGAAAAAAGGCAACUGGCUGUCAGGUUGACAGAAUCCAGUUACUACAGGAAAACAUUUUACCUAAAAAAACGUUUACUCGCAGUUCAUGAAUCAAUGACAAAGCGCUUGUUUGCUAUAGUUAGUGUAUCUCCUGGAACAUAAGCCUGAAAUGAUAUACGAUCAGAAUGUUAUAACAGCGAACAAUCUAAAAAAGAAGGCAGUGGACCUUCUUAUGUAUUCGGAGCUUUAUAUUAUUGUGGUUUAUUUGAUGUUUAAUUUAUUCUGAAUAAAUUAUUUUUGAAAAUCCA